UCCAAGAUGGCGGCCGAGGGUGAUUACCACAACACGAAAAGAUUAUAAACACAUCCCGCAUGUGUCAUCAAAGGGAGUAACCUAAAAUCGUAAAAGAGAAUGAUAAUAAUCACUAAACAAAUUGUAAUUUUGUAAAAUUAUUUCUGCGGAAAAUGUCCAGGCGCUUGGAUGAUAAGACGAAGAAGUUCUUAGACUCUGUACACUCAGAUCUUCGAGCCUUGUCGAAUGAGACGAAGAGAAAAUUUCACCCCGUUAAAGAGGCUGCUGAAGCUGGUAUCCAAAGAUUGAAAACCAUCUCAGCUAGAAAUCAGCGAAUUACAACUGCUAUAGCUGAGGAGAAUGAGAUUGUACAACCAUUUGUGCUUGGAUGUGCUACUAAAUCCCUCAGAGUUAUUCAGAUAUCACUGACAGCACUUCAAAGACUCAUUACAAAUGAAGCAAUUUCAGAGUCAUCAGCAAAUAAUUUAGUGAGUACACUAUGGCUUUUGAUGGAGAGUGGUUUGGAGGAACUUCGCAUCUUACAGACUGUUAUUUUACUUAUUACAACUUCAAAUAUUGUGUAUGGAGAUUCUUUGGGAAAGGCAAUGGCAAUGUGCUUCAGACUUUACUUUGUAAAAGACACAACAGUCAGUGCAACAGCAGCAGCAACAGUUCGUCAGAUGGUGUCUGUUUUGUUUGAUAGGGUCGUCACUGAAGAUACUAAACCAAUAGAAGAAGAGAAAACUGAAGAAACCUCCAGCAACAGACACAAAAACUGUCCUGUUAGCCUACGACCAUCUGCCAGGGAUGCUUAUUUACUCUUUCAAGACUUGUGUCAACUGACCAGUGGAGAGCAGCCUUACUGGUUAUAUGGAGUAUUAGAGAUGACAAGGACAUUUGGCUUAGAGCUUCUGGAAUCUGUUCUCAAAGGCUAUCCACAUAUAUUUUUAAAGCAUCCUGAAUUUAGUUUUCUUCUGAAAGAAAGAGUUUGUCCAUUGAUAAUCAAGCUUUUCUCACCGAGCAUCAAGUAUCGACAAAGUGGUUCACAAUCAUCUCCUGCUUCCAUUGAGAGGCCGGUUUAUCCUGUUGCAACAAGACUUCUUAGAAUAGUAUCUGUGCUCAUUGAACAGUUUUAUACUCUUUUGGUCACAGAGUGUGAGAUAUUUUUGUCUCUUUUGGUGAAAUUCCUGGAAGCUGAUAAACCWUUAUGGCAGCGUGCUUUAGCACUGGAGGUUCUUCACACUCUUACAGUGCAACCAGCAUUAUUACAGUCAUUCUGCCAGUUCUACGAUAUGCAAGAACACUCCACAAAGAUCUUCCACAGCAUCAUCAAUGCUUUAUCAAGUUUUAUCCAAUCCCGAUUCACCAGCCAAACAUCACAUGGCACAGGGCCAAGCUCGGGGUCUGGACCUAUUGGAACGACUAUACAAACAUCUUCCAGUGCCCCCACCCCCUCAGUCAUGGCAUUAAGUGCUAUGGGAGGGGUGACUCCACAGCCUGGGUUUUUGUAUCAAGGAGCGUGGGUCCCACUGACUGUCAUGCCAGUUUCUGGACAGGCUAAAUCAAUUUACCUUGAUCACCUUGACAAGCAAGAUACCCCAUCAAUCCCAGAAGGCUACACACUUUCCAUUGCCUUUGCCUGUGUACUUGAGAUUGUAAAGGGCCUUAAUACUCUAGUAGUYCAAGGGGAACCUCCUCCAACAGUUCAAGGRUGGAUAGARCCUGAGGACCAUGUUGAGAAAUCUAGUGAUACUGGUGUUGGUGCAACUAGYAUCGAUGCUAUUACUAAAGAUAAAUCAGCAGAUCAAGAAACUAGUGGUGGUAAUAUCGGCAAAGAAAUGGUUACUGCGUCGUGGUGUGGAAUAUUGGCAUGUUUAUCGAUACUACUUGAGGCGAGUAAUGAUGAAACAGCAACAGAAGCCAUUCUCAAAUCCUACCAAAUGUUUUCCAAUGUGUGCGGCAUUCUUCACCUUAAUACCCCAAGGGAUGCUUUCAUAACUUCAUUAUGCAAAGCUUCACUACCUCCUCAUUACACAUUGACUGUUGUCAACCCUCAUUCAGGAAAAGCACAGGUAUCCUACAUCAAGCACCCACCAGCAAGCCAUGGCUCUAUGUCAGAUUCAGUAGGUGCUGGGRGUGAUCAUGCGGUACUCUCUAGGUCCCUAGGAGGAGGGACUGUGCUUUCUGGUACUCCCCUUGGUGGGUCCCAUGGACCUGUAUCGUUAACGGCUAAGAAUGUACAGUGUAUGCGUGCAAUACUGAGUCUYGCYCACUGUCAUGGYGGUAUAUUGGGUACAGCAUGGCAUAUGGUUCUUAUAACACUACAGCACCUGACAUGGAUUCUUGGUUUGAAGCCCUCGACGGGUGGCACUCUCAAAGCAAUGCCAACCAGUGAAGGCCCUAAUUUGGUUAUCAGCCAGACAUUAAUGGCAGAGCUUCCUGUUCUUGCCGCUAUUUUAUCAAGACUAUUUGAAACCUCRCAGUACCUUGAUGAUGUAGCGCUGCAUCACUUGGUUGACGCAUUGUGUCAGCUGUCAACAACAUCGAUGGAGCAAGCRCAGAGUAACAAGGAGCCAUCACUGUUUGCCGUUGCUAAGUUACUAGAAACUGGUCUUAAUAACCUACAUCGAGCCAGAGUACUUUGGAAACCGCUUACCGCACAUUUACUUGAGGUUUGUCAACAUACACAUGCAAAGAUGAGGGAGUGGGGCGCAGAGGCUGUGACGUCACUUGUACGUUCUGCAUUGACGUACAAUCAUAAGCCACCGCUGACUGAAAACACUAGUUUACAGGCGAUGUUACUCUCUCCUUUGCAAGAAAUGUCYUCUAUUUCAUAUUCCGACAUUCGAUACAAGCAGCUAGAGUGYGUACUUCAGAUCCUCCAUUCGACUGGCCAAAACCUCGGACAUGGCUGGCCGUGUGUCCUGGGCGUAAUAGGAGCAGCAACAAACCAGCAAGGCGAGGGGCUGAUUCGCGUCGCUUUCCAAAGCCUUCAGCUGGUCGUGACGGACUUCCUUCCCCUGAUGCCAUGCGCGUACCUGAAAGUCGUCAUCGAUGUCGCCGGCAAGUUUGGUCUUCAGCCACUUGAGUUGAAUAUUAGCCUCACAGCCAUAGGAUUGCUGUGGAACAUUGCAGAUUUCUUGUCUCAAAAUCAAGAAAAAAUACGAGAAAGCCUCGAGGGRUCGUCAAGCUUCGAGGGUCUCAAAUACGACCGGCCUGUACCGCCAAGCGACCGUCUGUGGAUGUGUCUUUACUCAAAAUUAGGAGAACUAUGUGUUGAUCCACGUCCUGCCGUCAGAAAGAGUGCUGGACAGACACUGUUUUCRACUAUUAGUGUACAUGGUUCACUUUUACAGAAAGUCACGUGGUAUACUGUUUUAUGGCAGGUAUUAUUUCCAUUACUAGACCAAGUAAAGCGCAUGUCCACAACCGCUGCGAAUAUUCCGCCACCAAGUGAUAUCAACCAAUCAAAGAACAAAAUCCUUAUUCACCACUCACGUGACACUGCAGAAAAACAAUGGGCGGAAACGCGAGUGCUAACCCUGAAUGGAGUAGCACGGGUUUUCAACACUCGGCGCCAGACUCUCGCUGCUUUAGAUGAAUUUCCAAGAGCCUGGGCGCUACUACUGGARUUYAUAGAGUCAGCCGCGCUUAGCACGUCUUCUGAGGURACYUUGGCAGCUUUGAAGAGCUUCCAGGAAAUGGUGCACGAUUCAAGUGAAAAUAGUGAUAAUGAAAAAGAAGAAGUGGAUUUGCAAACGCUUUUAGAUCCUGCGCGAGCUGCUAAGAAUCAGGAUAAACUUAAAGUAAAGCCAAAGUUCUAUGAAGAAGCUGAGGACUUAAACUUGUGGAUGAAUGCAUGGAAAGUUUGGUGUGACAUUGGUUUGACAAGCUUGUGUAAUUCGAAUUUCACACAGACUCGCGUGGAUCCCGAGGGAAAGACUGUCACAACAAAGACAUAUCCCGCGCAACCAUAUAUAACGGCAUUAGUACAGAUAUUUCCUAAUCUCUUUAGACGGAUGUACAAUCGAUUUGGAUUAGCAGAUCUACAGAAAYUGUCUAAGAUACUUCAGGCGUCGGUACGCAUGCCUGUACCCGCUGACCAGUCACCUUUCUUAGUCCCUUCGUUUCAAGACACUGUACUAAYCCCUCUUCAACAUGCUAUUAUUGAUGUUGUACUUAUCUUAAGGGAGCCGCUUCCUAAUUCUAAAGGCUCUGUCCUGGACAUUGCAAGUCAACCGAUGUAUCCUACACUAUUUAUGUUAUUAGUGGACUUCAUUAAUUGUGCUUGUAACCCCCCAAAAGCGGAUGAAGAGCCUUCGAUAGGRCGGAAGAAACAAUGGGUGAUACUAGAGUUAACACCUUUUUCCGAGAAGUGCUUAAACAUUGCUGUUGACUUGUAUCGUGUUAGCGUUAACAACACUGCUGUUGUUCAAGAGAAAGUGCUGGAAAAGAUCAUCAAGGUAUUGCGCACCCCGAUGGGUAUGAAGUACGACUGCUCAUCGCAAACAACUUGGAAACUUGCUGUAAAUUCGCUUCUUACCAUAUUACGAAUUGGACUACCUGUGGCUCUAAAUAAUCCAGAAUCAUUUAGUUCUAUGUGGUAUGAGCUUGCGUCUUGUCUGGAAGAUUUUCUGUUUUCUGAAAAAACCCCUCCUGACACUCAGUCGCUAGAACAGCAUCAACAAGACGAAGAGAUGGACAUUAAGUUGCUUCGAAUGAUACAAGAGGAUAUUUUACCCCACUCGUCUACUCUCCCUAAAGACUUCAUGGUAAGAGUUAUGGCCCUGUUGAACCGAGGCUCCAUUCAUUCAGCUACUGACUCAACAUUCAGCGGAACUGAUGCCAGUAACUUCCCCAUACGAGAAGAGUUUGCAAAGUCAUGUUUUGAAACGUUACUACAAUUCUCGUUUGUCAACGGCUCGCCGAAACAAGACGUACCUGAAGGUAAAGUGUCCGAGUUAGCGCUGGAUUCUAUGCUUAGCCGUUGCCAAGAUGUCUUAGAAAAGUACGUAGAAGACGAAAGGCUUAGUGGAAAGUGCCCAUUGCCAAGAACGCGAAUGGCUGAGAUGUCAUUUGUAUUGAAAGCAGUUAGCACAUUAAUUGCGUCUUUAAAAAAGUUAACGCGGGAAAAUGCACGUGUUGUUGACCAGAAAAUUUGGAACCAAGUGGUGGAGCUCUACCCUCAUCUUGUUGAAUGCACAACUUGUAACUCGAACCAAGUACGACGAGCAUUAAAAGAAGCAUUAAAAGAAUACAGAGAUUUAUUGGUAGCACCAACAACAACAGCAAAUAUUUCAUCAGUCAAUGGCUUAUAGUUACUAUUGAAGAAUACAGUUAAUAUUUUACAAUUUCUCGGACAUAUUAGGACAUGAAAAACAAAUUGGAGAAAAGGAAAAAAGAUGAACAUCUCACUCUCACUUAAUGAACUCAAACAUUAAAAGAACACCAACAUUUAGAAAGUUAAAUUUCAAAUUGAUAAUUGUACAUACAACACUUUCAAUGUGUAGAUUGUAGAGUGGAUUGAAUAGUCCAGUUUUGAGGUCUUAUUUAUGCAGCCUUCUUGAUAGUGUGUCAUAUAUUCUUACAUUSAAACUUCUAUGUACAAAGAAGACUAUGAAUUUUUACACRCWAUYGAGCCCAAAGCUGUGAAAAAGUGAUCUCAAAACUAGAGUAUUUAGUACAAAAGCCUUUUUCUUCUAAUGUUUAUAUGUGCAUUAUAUUUUUGUCACKAAAGAGUUUCAUGGAUAUAAAAUGCAUUCUAGUAGAGAGAAAAAUAACAAAUCUCCACCAAAGGMAGAAAAAUUAUUAUUAAUUUGUUAAUGUGGGUUUGUAACCCUUUCAACGUAAUGUUGGGCUUCCUGUGCCUGGCAUAAUCCUGGCUGUGARGUAUGGGUAGAUAAAAUAAAAAUUAUAAUAAAUUUACUAAAAAUAUAAUCUGGUUCUAGAAAUGUUUUAAUAAUAAUUGCUAUGUAAACCAUUUUUUACAAACUGAAACAUCUGAAAAAGAGGAAAUUGUACAAUAAAGUAAAAUAAUUAUAUUACAACUGGAUACUGUGUUAUUCAAUCAUCCAAAAUAGUUGUGGUCCAACUGGAUGAGCUCUAAUUGUCCUUUAGUUCUUUCCACCAUAGGCUGUGCAGUUAUUUUUGUAAUACCAAGUUUCUCUAGUUCAAGUUUUUGUACUCCUGCAAAAAAAAAAAAAAAAAAAAGAAAAAAAAUA